AUGGUCUCCACUCCUGAACUGAAAAAAUAUAUGGACAAAAAAAUCCUAAUCCAACUGAAUGGCUCUAGAAAGAUUGCGGGGAUUCUUCGAGGUUAUGAUAUAUUUUUAAAUGUCGUUAUAGAUGACGCUGUGGAGGUAAGUGCGGAUGGUUCUAAACAUCAGCUAGGUAUACAGACUGUCAUUAGAGGGAACUCCAUAGUUGCCCUUGAGGCCCUAGAUACAAUAGCAUAG